AAGGCACCUGUGGAUUUCUUCAGCUCCGAGCCAUGGCUACGGAGGUGGCACGGGUUUUGAGUGCCAAGGGCCACCGGCAGACCUUAUGCCUCGAGGGGACGACUGUCACGGCCGACGAGCUUAGGAGACAAUACCGGAAGCUCGCGCUGCUGGUGCAUCCGGACAAAUGCUCAAGCCCUGAUGCUAAGGCUGCCUUCCAAAAGCUCAGCGAAGCUUUUGAGCAUCUCUCUGCGGAAUGCCAUGGCGAGCGGGACGAAGGGGGUGUGAAGCGCGGUGCCCGGUGUGAUUCCACUGGGCCGAUGAAGCGCGCCAAGAAGCGCGAGCGGCCCUGGUGGGAUACCACCUGGGAGGAGUUUGAGCGCCGCUUCCGUGAGCAGAACGCCGCCAACCGCAGCGAUGUGCGUUACGAGCAGGAACUGAAGGGCCACCUGCUGCGACAGCUGAAGGAGCAGAUCCUGGAAGCGGAGAAGUCCGCCGAGCACUGCGACCGUACUGCAGGUCUCCCACGCAACCAGUGCUGGCGGCACCGUUCCGAGGUCCCGUUGGGGCCAGAGCAGGAGCUGGCUGCCGCCAAAGCUCAGCUGCAAGACCUUCUGUUGCAUUUGAGAACCAAGCAUCGAUACUGUCUCUAUUGCGGCUGUGUCUUCAAGUCCCCAGAGGACUUAGCCAAAAGCUGCCCAGGAGCCACUCAGGAGGCGCAUGAAGCGUCCGGAUCGAAGAGCGCAGAGACCAGUGAAAUGAUGAAGUUUGAAGCUGACCCAUUGGACACCUUUAUGUCCAACAUGGAAGCCGAAUUAUACAACGACUUGCACAAGAGCUAUAAGGCAACGAGAAACCGCCACAUGCCCCAGAAAGGAUGGUCUUUCCAGCAGCAGGCACAGCAGAACAAGAACGAGAUGAAGCGCUUGGGCGGCAGACGAUAGCCUGGUUGUGGAUUUAGAAGCACUGCCACUAUCCAGCUGAUGAGUACCAUGUCCACGAACCACCCCCUGACUGCGUACAGCGCCUUCGCCUCGAGCCUUCCCAGCGCAACGGGCAAGACCAUGGGAGCGACUGAGGCCCAACCGGAUCGGAUUUCUGGCGAUGGGAGUUUGCUCCUGGUAGCGUUCCUUGCUCCUAGUAGUAAGGCCAGGAGCCCCUAGUAGCGUUGCUGCUCCUAGGAGUUUGAUUUUUGGUACGUGAGAAUGAAUCAACCAGCGAACCUGGUGCACUUGGCAACACUUGGCAUUCCUUCUGAGAGCAUCUCGCACUUCUCCGAGCAACCGCCAUCGGACACCUUCACCUCUGACGGAGAGAGUAAAGUAGAGCUUUAGAACGUGGGAGGCCAUCGCUAUUAGGGCGCCAU